AUGAAAGCUGGGUUCAAAUCCACAUUGAUUCAGCCGGUGAUGCAGCCACCAGAAGAUAAAUGCGGUCUGAUCGAGGAAUUUACUCAUAAUGUGUCAAUUGAUGACCAUCUUUUUGAAGAAAUCGCCUGUUUGGAAGUUGAUGAUGAAAAUCAAGCUAAGCAUAGCAAAGAAGAAGAUGAAUGGGAGGCGAUGAAUGCGUCGGAAGUUAUCUCAAUCAGAGAAGCGCAUAAGUUAUUGGAUCAAUUGAGGCUGUUCGCCUUGGCUAAUGCUCGGAGUUCGGGUCGAUAA